UCAGUCUCACUCUCUCUCUCUCUCUCUAAAGGUCUCAUCUUUCUCUCUCAACAUUUCUGAAAACACACAGAGACCAUAUAGUCUACAGAGAACAGAGGGAGAUCGAUAUAUAGAUAUACAAAUCCAGCCAUAUAUCUUUGUCUUGUUGUCUCUCCUCCCAAUUCUCAUCCAUGUCCUCUGAAUCAUCGUCUUCACUUCUCCUUUUUUAAUUCAUUUUUUAGACAGAAAAGAAAAAAAUAAAUAACAGAGCGCCUCUGUUUCCUUCUCCGACUGUAAAUUGGUGUACCCAGCUGAUCAUCCGUAUUCAUGGCGUACCACAACCACCUCUCCCAGCCUCUCCACCACUUCACCGACCAAACCCAGCAACAGCACCAGCAAUAUCAAUCGGACCAAACCGACCCGACUUCCAAGCCCCCCGAGCCCCACCACCCAUUUCAGCCCGCCCCCAAUUGGCUCCACUCCGCCCUCCUCCGCAACUUCACCAACGCCGACACCAACCCGACCAAUACCAACAACGCAAACAACAACGGCGGCGGUUCAUCCAAUUUCCUCAACCUCCACGUUACCGCCUCCGACUCCGUGGCCUCCCAAGCCUCCAACCAAUGGCUCUCCCAGUCCCACCGUCCGAUCCUCCACCGCAACCACAGCGACGUCAUCGAUGACGUCACCGUCGCUGGCGACUCGAUGAUCGCCGCGAUGUCCCAUGACUCCGCAGACCUCAAGCCCGACAGCAACCUCAACAAGAGCGACGGCGGAGUCGUCGAGAGCGGCAUCCCAGGCGGAGGCGGAGGAGGAGACGGCGGGGUGAUUAACUGGCAGAACGCGAGACACAAAGCCGAAAUUCUGGCGCACCCGCUGUACGAGCCGCUGCUGUCGGCACACGUAGCGUGCCUGCGGAUCGCGACACCGGUGGACCAGCUGCCUAGGAUCGACGCUCAGCUGGCUCAGUCGCAGAAUGUGGUGGCGAAGUACUCCGCCUUGGGGAAUGGCAUGGUCGGCGAUGACAAGGAGCUUGAUCAGUUCAUGAGGCAUUAUGUUUUUUUGCUUUGUUCGUUUAAAGAACAACUGCAACAGCACGUCCGGGUGCAUGCAAUGGAAGCAGUGAUGGCUUGCUGGGAGAUUGAGCAAUCACUUCAAAGCUUAACAGGAGUUUCCCCCGGCGAAGGAACAGGUGCUACAAUGUCUGAUGACGAAGACGACCAAGUAGAUAGUGAUGCAAACUUGUUUGAUGGAAGUAUGGAGGGUCAUGACAGCAUGGGAUUUGGCCCUCUUAUACCGACAGAGAGUGAAAGGUCCUUGAUGGAGCGCGUGAGGCAAGAACUGAAGCAUGAACUGAAACAGGGUUACAAGGAGAAAAUCGUUGACAUAAGAGAGGAGAUUAUGCGCAAGAGAAGAGCCGGAAAACUUCCUGGCGACACAACCUCUGUCCUAAAAGCUUGGUGGCAGUCACAUUCAAAGUGGCCAUAUCCAACUGAGGAGGACAAGGCUAGGUUGGUACAGGAAACUGGUUUGCAAUUAAAGCAGAUAAACAAUUGGUUCAUCAAUCAGAGGAAGAGGAACUGGCACAGCAAUCCUUCAACCUCCACGGUUUUGAAGAGCAAGCGCAAAAGAAGUAAUGCAGGUGAAAACAGCAGUGACGACCGGUUCAUAUAAAAUGGGUAAAGGGAAAUGGAGAGCCAGUCUGGUUUCGGUGAUAUUCAUUCACUCGCUUCCACUACAUUUACAACUCCAACGUAGAAAUUGCGAUAGCAUAGGACUUCAUGGAAGAAGACUACAGGACUCAGGUAAAAGAGUCAUAUUUUGGUUCUACUAAAGGAAAGAAGGCUAACUCUGAUUGUGAAGGUGCGAUUAUAAACCCAAUAUGAGCCGUUAUAGUACAGGUAUGCUCAAAGGAUGCAGAUGAUGAACGCGUAUGUAAUAUGAAUAUAUCAAUAGGAAUUCAUGAGUGUUUAGGAAUUGUGUUACUGAAACUGCAAAUUGGAUAGUCCACCGCGGGCUUACAAUUUUUUGUUUGUAAUCUUCAGUUUUGUGAAUAAGAAUAGUGAGAGUUGUGGGGGUGUACAAACCUGAGCUUUUGGUUCCAUACAUCACACUCCUGGUUUUAGCUUUUUUCGACAUUUGUUGUUGAGAUAAUAAAUUUGUUAGUAAUGGUAUGUAAAAUUUUAAGUCGCAUCUUUGGCGCUCAUUCGUGAUUUAUAAACGAAGCUGUUCAAUCC